AUGCAAAGUAUUAACAGCAUAUCGAACACAGAGCAGCUGCUUCAUUUCUUCGAUUCACUCAUAGCCGACGGAUAUAUCGUUACCAUCCUGGGCAUCAAACAUGUGCUGAAGUUAUCUUCUGAUUUGUGUCAAAAAUUCAUCCUCUACUACUUCGAGAAAAGGAAGGACCAGCUGCGCCCCACUUAUUUGGUUGAAGGAUUUAAUAAGAGCAGGACCGAAUACAUUUGUUCCAUUUUUCACGAAAAGGAUGCUCUAAGAAUGCUAAGAGAAGGUAACUACACCGUAAAUAUCUACAGUGUGCAGUCGAAUAAGAACAAGGCAAAUUUAUCCGCACUGUGGAAGCAGGAACUAAACGAGAUCCACAAGACAUGUCAGAAGGACGCACGCGGACAGCCCAUCAUCCCGCAGUAAAUGCUACUCACGGAUGUGAAGGCUAAAAUAGACGAAUAUUGCCCUAACUCACAUUAUCAGUUUCCGCACAUUAUGUACAUAGCUCAAGGAAACGUUGCUGAGAAUGAAGCUGCAAAAAAUAUGAACUUUGAGCCGAGUGUAGGCAACGCUGGUACUCAUGAAAAGAAAAAUGGAAGGAGAGGAAAAAACUGCAACAAAUUCAGAGCUGAUACUGAAUGUAUAGACAUAUAUCUUAGAAAGAAGAAACCUAAAGAAGAAAAAGUUUAUGCUUUUCAACCCAAAGAGGGAAACGAAUCUAAGGCUGUAACUGUACAAGACAUGGAUCAAAUGAUGAUCACAAGUUACGUGGAUAAUAAUAUGGUUGGUUCCAAUUAUGAGACCAAAAUGGAAGACACUAAUUUUGGAAAAAACAUGACUGACGUGAAUUAUGAGACAAACAUGACUCGCCUGAACUUCGAUCAUAACACGUUCGGCAUGAAUUAUGAGACCAACGUGAAUGACACCAACUUGGAAAACAACGUGAAUGACACCAACGUCGAAAACGUGAAUGACACCAACUUGGAAAACGUGAACGGCAGCAACUUGGAAAACGUGAACGGCAGCAACUUGGAAAACGUGAACGGCAGCAACUUGGAAAACGUGAACGGCAGCAACUUGGAAAACGUGAACGGCAGCAACUUGGAAAACGUGAACGGCAGCAACUUCGAAAACGUGAAUGGCAGCAACUACGAAAACAACAACUGGAAGUCCUUCAUGUCGCGCAUGAUUCAAAGUACGAAUGCAAGAAUCGCUGAGAACAAUAUGAAGGAGAGAAAAACCCCUGGUAGGAAACGAAAGGCUAACAGCGAUGCUUGUGCUGCCAACGUCAAAAAGGAAUGUACUGUGGGAGAUAUAAUAAACGGAAAUGAGAACAAACCCAAAAGGGGAAGGAAACCAAAGACUGCCACUGUGGUGGUCACUAUGAACAACGCUGGAAAGGAAGGUGAAGUUGUGGUCGUACCAAGCAUAAGAGGGAAAAAGAAGAACGAUUUGCCAAAGGAAGAAGUUGAAAAUUAUGAGAAGCAAAUGAAAAUGGACGUGUCAAAUAAUGACCUGAACACAAAGAUGCCCGAUUUUGAUAGCACAUUUUGGGAAAAGGAAUCAACGGAGACGAAAAUUUCCAGCAAAAUCCUGUACACGGAAGAGGAAGCGCAAGAGGUGAUUAACGCAGCUAGUUGGGACGAAAGUGUAGACAUGUUUUAUGAAAAUGGCUACUUCGUUGUGGUUGACAAAAGCAUAUCUAAGAAGAAAAGAAACCCAAAAUUGCAAGAAGGGAAAAACAAGGAAAACGUCAAAGAAAACUCCCCCUUCGACAAUAAGAACAAGAAAGACCCUCAACAGACAUUAUUGACGAAUUUUUUCAAGAGAGUUGCAUAA